AUGUCCAUGCCUUGCCUUUGCACGCCAUAUAAACGGCUAGACCUCCAACGGCAAAAGACUAUAAGAUCUUUUAAAGUAGGAGCGAAAGUACGACUUCGCAAGAUGAUACAGAAGUACUAUACACGAUGGGAACAAGAUGCGAUGCAAGAUUACUACGUG